AUGUCCAGCGUUGUGAUCGGCCACUCCCACAUCACUGAGGUUCCCGCCUCCCCGACGAACGAUACCGCGCCCACGAGCAACUCUUCCUCCGCCUCACCCGGCCAAGGGCUGCACGUCGUCAUCGCGCCGACCACGACACGAGUGCCCUCGAGCCUGACAACUCUUGAAACACCCGUACACGGCCACACUUUGUUCGCCCUUCCCAACAGCGAGGCGCAACUCCCGAGCGCGGAUGGUACCCCCGGCACGGGGACCCACGGACACGGGACGCGCCGCUUCGUGUUCCCGCCUCUCGGAAGCGACGCUGCGUCGACCCCGGUGCAGCCGCGCCCCUCUGCCCGCGUCGCGCGCCGGAGCAGUCUGUUCAACGCCGCAGACGAGGCGCACAACGAGGACGGCGAGGAGGAUGCUAGGGACGCAACGAUCGGGCAUCCGCUCUUCGACAUCACCCACAACGCGGCCCUGCCGCCUACCAUGGACGCGGAGGAGCCGGCCAGUGCGGAUGUCGGCGGUCGCUUCGACCAGCCUGAGCCCGUGCGCGGGAGAGACGAUGGACCAAGUGGUGAGGCCGACGCCUCGAGGCCGCUCGGUGGGGCCUGA